ACGGAGGAAGAGCCGAGGAAGAGUGUGAGACAGCUAACAGGAAGAAGGACCUGCAGGACCUCCUCAGACAGGAAAUGGACAUGCAUCUUACUGAGGGCAGGGUCAGCGUCCAAAGGAACCUGGAGAGAGUGAGCCGCAUCACACAGCUGAAAGAGGAGAUCAAGUUACAGGAGACAAACAGAGAUUCCGGCCAAUCAGCCGCCAGCACGCCAGAUCAUGAGAAACUCCUGGAGCACAGGAAGAGACUGAAAGAGACUCACGAGAGACUGAUCGAGAAUGAACUGAUGAAGAUGGAGAGAGAGUUACAGGAGGAGCAGGUGGGUGGUGUGGAUGGAGAGAUGUCGUACCUGCGCAGAGAGAGACAGAUCCUGGUUCUUCAGAUCGAGGCGCUGCGCAGAGAGAACCAGCAGGCGUAUUCAGACCUGGAGACCCAGAACAGACAACACCAGCAAGAGAUCAACAGCCUCAGAGAAGAGAGUCUGCAGGUGUUCAGGGCAUUUCGUGAGGUUCUGGAGGAACAGAGGCAGGCGUCUGAGAAGAGAUACAGGAAUCUGCUCCUAGACGCCAUUCAGGACGCCGUUCAUCUGUCCUCACAGAACCUGCAGCUCCAGGAGGAAGUCCAGCAGCUCCGGAAAACUCUCAGUCCCGCUCUGUGACACGACCAAUUCAAAAAGUCACUGGAAAAUAUAGUUUUUCUGUCCGCUCCAACACUGAAGAGUGAAACUAUGCAGGAAAACCUUCCAUUAUAAGGUAAAUUGGAAAUAAUUGUUUCACAGUUUUAAAAAUUGACGGCUAAAAAUGUCAAAAGCAGAAAGCCUUCAUUUCAUAAAGUCAUGACAUUAAAUGUUGUAUGCACUGAAAAAAAUGAGUAUCUUCCACAGUAUGUUUGUUUUGUUUCACAAUACAAGUAUAUAAAAAAUUUUAAUCACAAUACAUUUACUAAUUGAACACGUGACCCCGCAUGGAGCACAAAAAUGAGAUUUUCUCAAUUUAUUAGAUCCCAGAUUUUCAAAUAGUUGCAUCUCAGCCAAAGAUAGUGUAAAAAUCUCAGUAGAAAUAUUGGUUUUGUGGUCCAGGGUUAUAUAUGAUGUCUUUUUGUCUGAGGAAUUUAACAAAAUAAUGCGACUUUACGCUUAAAACUAAAAAUAAAUAAAUCUGUCAGUAGGGAAUUAAAAGAUCUUUUCCUUUUGAAUUGGCUUGAUUUUUCUGAUAACUAUUGCAACGGAAAUAA